GGUAUAUUUUGUAUGCUCACUGCGUUCACACUGCGCACAAUUGAAUUCUAUCGUUGGCUGUGGCUAUCGGUACGGAAGAAAUUUUAGUUCGUUUUAAACAUGAAUAACAUAAAUUAAGCAAACAAAAGAGAGCAGUUCCCAAGAGCGCGAUUUAUUUUAGUUUUUAGUUUUAGUUCGGUGCUGCUGUGCAAUGAACCCCGAACCGAACACAGCUCAGAAUUUGUGAAUCAAAUGCCAAUGAGUGUAUUUGUCCCGCAUGAGAGGAGUAUAAUAAAGAAGGCGGCGACGAUGUUGCUGAUGAUGAUGAUGUUGAUGAUGAUAUGAUGACUUCGGGUCGUCGAUUCUAUCCCAAUUCGUUUUGUGAGACUUCCACUACGGAUAUGACGAAGAAAAUGAUUUCAUGUUAAAUAUAGACUAAGACUCGCAUUUGCUGAACAGAGCUCAUAAGCCAAACAAUGGCGGACCUAAUACAUUUGGGAAAUAUCGACGUGGUCAUCCAGAAAGAUAAGCCCGGAUCGCCAACGGGCUGUUCGGAUGAUGGGAACCUGGCAGGGCUAGGUGGCAUGACUGGAUUAGGUGGCAUAAUGGCCCCUGGUGGCAUUGAUUUGGGUGACUUGGCGCAGGAAUUGGAUCACGAUGAGUUCGAUGGACCCCAUAUGCUGAAUGGUGAACGUCCAGCGAUUAUUGCUCCUCCGGAAAGCGAAUGGUACCAUGGACGACUUGAUCGCUACUCUGCAGAGUCUCGCCUACGGGGAAGCAGUAAACUGGGCAGCUAUUUGGUUCGUGAAAGUGACCGCAAGCCUGGCUCCUAUGUUCUUAGUUAUUAUGGGCGCACCGGCAUAAACCAUUUUCGGAUUACAGCCGUGUGCGGAGACUUCUAUAUCGGAGGACGACAGUUCAUUUCCUUAAGCGACUUGGUUGGUUACUAUACCUCAUGUAGUGACCUACUAAAGCGCGAACGCUUGGCCAUACCAGUUGCUCCCCCGGAGCCAGUUAAUGAUAAGAAACGCGUCGUAGCCAUCCUGCCUUACACAAAAAUGCCGGAGACCGAUGAACUGAGUUUCCAAAAAGGUGAUAUCUUUUUUGUACACAAUGACAUGGGCGAUGGCUGGUUGUGGGUGACUGCCCAUCGUACUGGCGAGCAGGGAAUGAUUUUCAGAGAACUUGUGGACGAUCUGGAUGUAUCUAUCGAUCCAAAUACGGUGUUUCCCUGGUUCCAUCCGAACUGCACCAAAAACGAAGCCGUCGAUAUGUUGGUUAAAGCUGGACCAGGAAGUUUCCUUGUUCGUCCAAGUGACAACUCACCGGGGGAUUACUCUCUCUUCUUUCAUAUAAACAAUCAAAUCCAACGCUUUCGCAUUGAGAAGAAGGGCGUGCGCUAUUUAAUGGGUGGCCGUACAUUUGAAUGCUUGGAUGCGGUUAUAAAUCGAUACCGCAAAGAGCAAAUUGUGGAGGGCCACUCACUGAAUCAUCCAGUUGUGAAUGGCAUUCAGCCAGAGUUCAAUCAGCAAUAUGUUGUGGAAAAGGCCGCUGAAAAAAUCUAUGCAACAUUGCGCGAGUGCCGUGACCAAAUCGGUCUCAAGAAGAUUAAGGGAAUCAAACAUCACGGUCACUUGAACAAGAAGUCGGACAAAACGACGAAAUGGAAGCAACUAUACUUCGCUUUAAUCAACGAUGGUUCGGAGACGCAACUUUGCUUCUACGACAAUCCGAAGAAGACCAAACCGAAGGGUCUGAUCGAUUUGUCCUGUGCUUACCUCUAUCAAUGUCACGAUUCGCUGUGGGAGCGUCCCUAUUGCUUCCAAAUUGUCGAGAGGGCCCUGCCAUGCUUGGCCACAGUGACAUAUCUGUGUGCUCCUAGUCAGGAAAGCUACGUCGAGUGGAUUAAUUCGCUCAAGGCACAAUGUGAUUCCCAGCUGAGUCGUGCCCAAAAGAAGGUCUCGCGUCUUCGGGAGCUUCGUUGUCUUAACCUGCAUGUGCUAGAAGCUCAUCGAUUACCAUUUAAACUAGUGCCACAUCCAUACUGCAGUAUUUCCCUCAAUCAAGUCAAAGUGGGCAAAACUCGUGUCAAAAUUGCUCCCGAACCCGUCUGGGAAGAGGAGUUUGUGCUAGACGAUGUUCCUCCAGAUGUUGUCUCCCUAACCAUUACCUUAAUAUCGCGCGGCAAGCGCGGAAAAGACUCCGAAGUGGCCGAGCUGACCAUUGACUUGUCUAGUCUGAAGAAUGGCCAGGAAACUGAGGGCUGGUACCAACUCACUGGAAUGACACCGAUGGGCGAAUGGGGCUCGUUGCGAUUGCGUAUGCGCUACCUCGACGAUCUGAUAAUGCCGUGUGAAGAGUACAGUCCUCUGCAGCAAUUGCUCCUUGAGUCGGAGCUGUAUGCUGUGAAGGCGCUGGCUGAAUUGUGCCAUAAUGAUCGGGUUCCUUUGGCCACGGCUCUCUUGCGAGUCUUCCGGCAGGAGAAACGGGAAACGGAAUUAAUUCGAAUGCUGUGCCAGGCGGAGGUGACGCGCGAAAACGAGACCACAACGCUUUUCCGAGGCGCUUCCCUGGCCACCACACUAAUGGAUCUAUAUAUGCGCACCGAAUGCAGCGGAUUUCUGCAGUCGGCCGUUAGCGAAACAGUGCAGCGCAUUUUGGAGAGUAAGCAGUCGGCUGAAUUGAAUCCAACGAAAAUGGACGUCAACGAUGAUGCCUGUACGAAUGCAGAGUUUCUGUUGCAAAUCCUGGAUCUGGUCACCCAGUCGAUAUUCACUUCACCGGACGCCUGUCCCCGCAAUGUGCGUUUCAUUUGCAGCUGUCUUCAGAAGGCUGUGAUGGCUAAAUGGCCGACAGAGCGGCUGGUUCGCACCCGCGUCGUCUCUGGCUUUAUAUUCUUGCGCCUUCUGUGCCCAGCGCUGUUGAAUCCACGCCAAUUUGGCUUGGUCAGCGAGACGCCACCAAUGGCAGCAACUCGGUCCUUAGUCAUGGUCGCCAAGUGUCUGCAGAAUCUGGCGAACUUGAUUGAAUUCGGCGGCAAGGAACAAUACAUGGAGGUUGUCAAUCCGUUUAUCUUGAAGAACAAGGAACGUAUGAUUGUUUUCUUGGAUCAACUGUCCUCGGUCAACGAUCCGAACCAACCGCUUGGAAUGUUUGUCGAACAAAGUACAAAUCUGAAUUCUCAAGACACUGGACGCGAGCUGGCUACCUUGCAUCACAUCUGCGUAUCACAUUCGCAAGAACUUCACGAGUUAUCCAACAUAGUUUCAAUUAAGAAGCUGGUCACAGUUACGGACAUGCUGACCAAGCACAAACUGAAGUACCGCGAGAUGAUCAGCUAAAAAGAAUUGCGAAGAGCGGUUGAUAGAAAUGCGAUGUCUUCUUAUCUACAAGUCCCUUCAUACCUUUUUAUAAAAAUAUUUAUAUGUGUAUACUAUUAGAAUACAUAAAAUAAGAACUCAUAAUAACUGGUUGAAUUGUAUUGGAAUAGUAAACAGAAUUUCAUUUAUAAAAUUAUUUAUAUGAAAUGAAAUAAUAUUUAACAGACCGGUAUGCAUUUAUUUAUUAUUAUAAUUAAAGUAACUUAUAAUACACUAGCUUACACGGAUUACUCCGUAUAGCCGCAAACUCAGA